GAGUUUAUUUCUUGUUCGCCGGCCGCCCGUCGACUUGAUCUCUCGCGUUCCUGGAUGCAUGUCGCAGGACGCAUCUCAUCCUGUACUCGUGAACAGUCUGCACUUCAGUAACUUCGCCAGUGGUACUAGUGAUCGCCUGCUUUGCCCGGACUUAACAGUGCCAUUCGAGGUUUUCGCCUGAUUUUUUUUUGAUUCCACUGCAUCUCGCUGAGGACGCGCCAUGUCGGCGUGGACUCGAUUGACGGAACCAGGACCCACCCUCCUCAUUGUGGUCCUAGUAUUAUGCCCUCUACUUGGAAAUGCAGCACCUUUCGAAAACGAUCAGAGCACAGAAAUUGAAUACUACCCAGUCGCUGAUGCAACCGGUUGUUACUACAAUUUCGAACACUACGACGAAGGAGACAGGAUAAUCACGAACGAGCCAUGUUUAAAUUGUACUUGCCAUAAUAGGAUGCUCAUGUGCUAUCUGAGAGUAUGCCCUUUCACUAAGGCCAUCGGUCAGGACUGCAAAGUUGAAAAGAGAUCGGACCAAUGCUGUCCUAUUAUUACUUGCCCUGAAGUUCCUGUACAUCUAGUUCCUCAAACAUCGACCCCAUCGACGGCUCUCGGACAUUUGAACGAAUAUGGAUGUUCCAUUGAUAAUCUCUUCUACGCCGACGGAGCAAAAGUGCCAUCAAAUCCGAACAAUCCCUGUGAAGUAUGUUAUUGUAUAAGGAACAAGACAGCGUGUAUCAUUCAAGAGUGUACCUUAACCGGAAAAGUUGUGGAAGGAUGUCGACCAGUAUAUAUUGAAGGUGUUUGUUGUCCUCUGCGGUAUGACUGUGACCACCCCGAAAUAGAAACAACUUCUAGGCCACUGCUCACCUCUACAACAACAACAACCACCACCACCACCACGAUAGUUCCACCAACCUCUGCUCCUUCUGACUGUAUUUAUCAAAACCAAGUUUAUAUUGACGGCGCUCUAGUCAAAAAAGAUGUUCCUUGCGAGAAAUGUUACUGUAUGAGAGGUGAUAUUAUUUGUGCAGUACAGGAGUGUGGACCAACUCCACUGGAUAAAGUGAACUGCACAGCAUUACCAACAAAAGAAGGGCAAUGUUGUCCAGACACUUAUGAUUGUGAAAUGCUCUCUGAAGAAGAUUUAACUACUCUAUCUUAUUAUGAUGUACCAACUACACAACCAACAAUUAUUUCUUCACAUUCGGUUAUUGGAGAAGAAGAAAAGUCACAAAAACCGCAAGAGGAUGUUGACCAAUUCAUGACUGAUAAUGAAAUAAAAUUGGCUACAGAAGAAACAACAGCGACCAUCACAACAAAAAUAACUGAAGCUGUAACCGAAAUUGUGGAAUCGAUAACAUCCACAAUAUUCGGAACCACAGAAAUACCUCAAGUGGAGCAAAUUUCAGAGAAGGAAUAUGUGAAACCAUUGGAAGAAACCAAAGAUGGUGCUCCACAAAAGGAAACACAAUAUCCGACAUCAUCAAAAGAUACAGAAAAUGAAGAGAAACAACUAGAAAAAGAAACUGAGAAGCCAAUAUCUAGAAAGGAAGAACAAACACCGGAAAAAGAAACAGAAAAUCCUUUGGAAAUGAGUGAAAAUUCCACUCUCCCAGAUGAAUCAAUCACAGAAAAAGUAACUGAUUCAGAACAUGACAAAGUAACGGAAGAAACUGUUGAAGAAGCCGCUACUGAAGUAUUACCCAUUCAUGAGCAUAUCCAAGUUCAAAACAAAAAGCCUGAUUCAGCUCAAACAUCGGAGAUUUUCCCAACCGAAUCUGAAGAACACAUUACAACUGAAAAUGUAUUGAAUGAAAAAGAGGAUCAUUCCUUCGAUGAUAAUUUAGCACACGAUGAUAGUGAUACUGAAAAUAAUGAAAUUUCAGAAAAUGAUGUGACAACUGACCAAUCUAAAUUGCCGUCCACCGUUAUGACUGGGUCAGACGAUGCGCAUACUCGACCAAUAGAUCAGAAAAAUAUACCAUCUCAAGAGGACGUUACGAUCAGAGUAAUGGAAACGACACCAAUUAUAUCACCGACCGGAAAACCUGAUUCAGAACAAUCAGCUGAACCCGCAGAAGUUUCCCAAGAUGAAAACUCACAGUCGACGCAGAUACCUACUGAUGGACUCCCAAGUACUGAAGAAAAAACAUCAAAAAUAAGUGCAGAAGAAACCGCUUCAAUAACCAACGCUCCAGUGGUUUCUGAAAUUGAAAAAUCAACAGAAAGUCCAGAUGUGAGCGAAUCUCUCACCAAAAAACCACAAGAAGAGGGGCAAAACGAAGUACCUGAGACACCGGUAACAACUGAUCCGAAAAAGGAAGCAGUUAUUAUUGAACAAUCGACUGAUGGAAAUAGCGUUAAACAAAGUUCCGAUGAAACUGUAGUCGAUACCCUUGGAACAACGGAAAUGCCAAUUAAAUCAGCGACACCAGAGGUUGAUGUCCAACCAAAUGAAGAAAAUCAAGAGAACAUCACUAAACAAGCCACAAGCGAAAUAGGAAUAACAAAAGCUGCUGGGGACGAAGUAACGAAACCCAUUAGUUACGACAUGGUAACCGAAAUUCAAUCCAGUCAAGAUGGGCUAGGCGCUACUGAAGAAAGUUUCUCUACUGAAGUAACACCUAGAAAAGAAGUAGAACUCACAAGUGAGGUCACCGAAACUUCAAGGAUAACAGAAAUUCCUGAAGUGGAAAAAGCUAAACCUGAUUCCUUUGAUGACCAAACGACAACAAAGAAACCAGAAGAAGAAAUAGAAAUUGUGACGGGUAUAUCUAUGAAAGACACCGAGAAACCACAAUCGAUGGAUCACGUUUCCGAAACAACAUCUUUUGAAAUAGAUUCAAAUGAAAUAGAAAAAUCAAGUGAAUUACCAGAUGUAGUAACGGAGCAUUUCCAAGUUAGUCAAGUGGAGAAACAAUCUAAACCUUCUGAUCCAAAUGAAAAUACUAAUGAAAUACCAACAGCUUCAGAAAAAUGUACUGAGGAAAGCUGUGUCGAUCAAGAUACAAGUGAAAUAGCUUAUGAUAAGAAAUCUGAAGAUAAAACAUCAGAAAUUGUUACACCUAACUUGGAAGAAGGAUCCGGAGAAGUGAAACCAUCUGAAGUUGUAGAAAGUUCUGGUGAACCAGAAAACGAAACGGAAUCUUACGAUCAAAAAACCGAAAAACAAAUAGAGGAGUCUUCGGAAAAGCCAGAAGUGAUACCUACACGAGCAACUGAAACUUCAACUGCACCUAAGGAUAUAUAUCAAACAUAUAAACCAGAUGUAUCUCAAGUUGGAAUAUCAGAGACUGAAUCAGAACGACCAACAGAAAAUUCUGAAGAUGAAGUGACCGACAAAUCCACUUUAUCAGAAAAGGAUCAUUCUGGUGAAAACCAAACUGAAUUGCCAGAAAUACCGGCGAUAUUAGUGACUUCUAAAACACCAGAAAUUUCUGAGCCAACAUAUUCUGAAAUUACAUCUCAAGCUGAACAAGAAUCAGGAAUCACCGAGUCGUUUGAAAGUGAUUCAGAACAUAAAACAUCAAAAAAACCAACAGAGGAAAUCACAACGGAACCACCACAAACUACUGACAGAAUAGAAUUACAGGAACCAGAAAUACCCAAUAUAUCUGACCAGAAUGUUGAUUCUACAGUGCCAUCGAUUCAUGCAGGACUAAAUGAAGCAGUUCCAGAGCACUCUGUAACCGAAAAAUCACAAGAGGAAUUGAAGCAUGAUAUUACACCUAACUUGGAAGAAGGAUCCGGACAAGUGAAACCAUCUGAAGAUGAAGAUGGUUCUGGUGAAUCAGAAAACGAAACGGAAGCUUAUGAUCAUAAAACCGAAACACCGAAAGAUAUAUUGUCUUCUAAAAAGCCAGAAGCGGUACCCACACGAGCAACUGAAACUUCAACUACACCUACGGACGUAUAUCAAACAACUGCUAUAACCCAACAUGGCGAUAAUGAUGAAUCUGAGCAUCCUGAGGAGACUGUUUUUGAAUCCACACAAUCAUCAACAAAAACUUCCGAUCUUGACCAAGUUACUGAAAAGUAUAUCACUUCAGGUGAAGUAACUGUUGAACCUGUCGAAAAGGUCGUAUUCACACAUUCUUACAACAAAGAAUCAGAAUAUACCAGUGAAUAUCCAGAGCCAUCAGAAGAACACAAACCCACAGAAGAACCAGAUGUCAAGGAAUCUGAAUCGGCUGUAACAGAAGAAGAGCAUGGUAUACCUGGAGAAGGAAGUUGUCUGGUUGACGGGCAAACAUACAAGAACAACUCUAAUGUUCCCCCAUUCAAUCAGUGCCAACUCUCAUGUAAAUGCGUCAGUUCAAUUCUCCAAUGUGAAUCUGUUCAGUGCAUGGCACCUCCCAGCAAUUUAGAAGACUGUAUGCCAGUCUUUCAUUCACCUGGAAGCUGUUGUCCAACCUAUAGUUGUUCUGUUCCCAGUGCCACUAGCGUUAUAGAAUCGGAUAGUCAUAUUAUUGAAACAACUCCUGACCAAAAAGUCGAAAAACAUGAAACUACAAGCCAGAGUGUCAGUGAUCAAACAACAAUUGCAACUACAAGUACAAAGCAUGAAAGUGAAGAAAAAAUCACUGAAUCAUUUACUGAAAAAGAAUCUGAGGAACCCACAGCAUUACAUGAUGAUUUAGAUAAUGAAAUUCCUGACGAGCAUUUCGAAGAGCACCACAUCAUCCCUGAACAUUGUGGUGAAGAAGGCUGUUCAGCUAUUGAGUCUCAGACUACCGAACAAGCGAUCAACGAGAAAGAUGAGACAGAAACGAAAAAGUAUUCGGUUACCGAAUCCUCUCCACAUGAAAAAGAAGAAAAACAUACACAACAGCCUUUCAAAGACUUCUUCGAUGGGGAAAAUCUACCUACAGUAACUGAGAAAAAAGACUCAUCCGAAAAAGAAGGAACCGAAUUUUCUCUUACAACGGAAAGCAUAAUUGAAACACAGCCUGAGAAAGAAUUUGCAAAUGCAGAAAUGACUAGUUCGGUGGCAAAUACUAUCUCAACGACAACAAAAUAUGAUAUUAUCACCGAAAUACCUUCGGUUCCUGAAAAAUACCCAAUGGAAGACAUAACCACUUCCAAACCAAAGGAACACGAACUCACUGUACCUGAAUUAUCUACUGUUAGGCAAAGUUUAGCAGAAUCGGCAAAAGAUAACGAAAUUUCUACGGAAAAAACUGAAUCAAAUGAAGCACACGACGAACACCAAUCAGAAGACAGCAAAUUAGGACAAGGAACUACAAUCUUACCUAUCACCAAUACUGAUUACGAAAGUCUUCCCAAAGACCCGACAGUGAUAAAGAAACAAGAAAGUGACUCCACAAAAGUUUUUGGCGAAUCAACAGAAAGUGUAACAGAUAUUUCUAGUGUAACUCAGCCUAUACAAGAAGGUGAAAUACCAGACCAGAAACCGCAAGAAGAAUCGUCCUCAGAAUCGGAAAGUGUGACAUCUGAUGGCUCUGAAAAAGGACAGAUUCUUGAAUCAGGUACAACUCAAUCUACCUCCGAUGAAUCAGUUUUCGAAACAGCAACUCAAAUAGUUGAGUCAUCCACUGAGCUAAAACAACCCACUCAGAAUCCUGAAUUAUCAGAAAGUACGUCUGAGGAUCAAAAUGUAAAGUUUACUUCCAUAAAACCUGGUCCAUUCGAGCAAGUUACAAACAUUGUUACACCUGAACAGAAACCAGGAACAGUUGAUGAAACCGAAGAAGUAACAACUAGCACUCUUGCAGAUUUUGUCACUGAAAUUGAAAAUUCCAUAACGUCCAAGCCACUUGAAUCUGCUGAUCAUAUGACAGAUGUUAUAGAACAUGAAACUGAAGUACCAGAACAAUCAGUUUAUGAUGAGAAAAAAUCAACUGAAAUCAGUUCUGAAAAAUCAGUACCUGCUAUCACGGAACCAUAUCCAGUGGAAAAAGAAGAAAUAGUAACAAAAUACCUUGAAGUAAUAACUGACCAACCUGAAGUUGCGAAAGAUAUGUCCGAAGUUCGUAAACCUGUCACUGAAGAAACUAAAGUACAGUCUACACCUCCUUCAGUAAUUAUACCAGUGACCACAGUUCAUCAUGAGUCAGAAGAGAGAAUAACUGAAGCACAGGCCAUACCUGAUCGAGAAGCUGUAACUGAAUUACAUCAUGGGCUUGAGGUUGCUACCGAUGCUGCAGAGCCUGGAACGGAGAAAAAUACAGAAACUAAACCCGAAUCGGAAACAAUAGACUUGGUUACUGAAACUAGUUCUGGAUUGGGAGUUUCAACAGAAACUCAACCAGAAGUAAUUGAACAUGCGGAUGCUGCAAAUGAACUACAACCGGAACAUACUGAACAUGAUCAAGUGGGUACAGAAGCUAGUCCUGAAUCUGAAGAUAUUUCAAACGAUUCAGAACCCAAGCCCGUAGUGGUUAUUACAGAAACUCCUUCAGCAUUUACUGAAAAUGUCGAUAUUGUUACUGAAUCUCGACCCGCAUCUGAAGAAGUACCAACGAAAGAAGAACCUAAACUCUCAGAGGUCAUUACUGAAAGUCAACCUGAAAUAACGGAGAAUAGCGAGACUGUUACUGAAACUCUGAUCGCGUCUGAAGUUCCAACCGAAGCAGGGACCAAAUUUGCAGAUUUGACUACAGAAACUCGUCCCGAGGUAACUGAACAUGAAGAAAUUGUAACCGAAACCGGAAUCGGAUCAGAUGUAAUAACUGAAACUCAACACGAUAUCAUUGAAGUUUCAACAAAAAAACUAACCCAAAAACCUGAAACGGUUACUGAAUCCCAGCCAGAAAUAACUGAACGUGGCGAGAUAGUUACUGAAGCUUUCAUCGAGUCUGAUGUUACAAGGGACUCCGAACCUAAACCGGAAGGAGCAGUUACUGAAACACAAUCAGAAGUUACUGAAGUUUCCAUGGGAGAAAAACUCGAACAUCCGGUAGUAAUCACUGAAACUCAACCAGAAAUUUCUGAAGUUUCAACAGAAGCGCAAUCCAAACUCCCAGAAUUAAUUGCAGAAACUCAAACAGAAAUUACUGAAGUCUCAACAAGAGAACAAUCCAAACAUCCAGAAGUAAUCACUGAGCCUCAAGCAGAAAUUACAGAAGUUCCAACAGAAUUGCAUCCCAAACUCCCAGAAAUAAUUACACUAUCUCAACCAGAAACUACUGAAUUUUCAACAGAAAAACAAUCCAAACAUUCAGAAGUAAUCACUGAGCUUCAAGCAGAAAUUACAGAAGUUUCAACAGAAGAACAACCCAAACUCCCAGAAAUAAUUACAGUAUCUCCAUCAGAAACUACUGAAGUUUCAACAGAAAAACAACCCAAACACCCCGAAGUUAUUACCAAAACUCAACCAGAAAUUAUUGAAGUUUCAACAGAAGAGCAACCCAAUAUCCCAGAGAUAAUUACAGAGUCUCAACAAGAAACUACUGAAGUUACAACAGAAGACCAACCCAAACUCCCAGAAAUAAUUACAGAGAGUACUGAAAUUUCAACAAAAGAACAGCCCGAAAAUUCAGAAGUAAUUACUGAAACGCAACUAAAGAAUACUGAAGUUUCUACCUCAGAACAACCUGAACACUCACAAGUGCUUGAAGAAGUUCAACCAGAAAGUACACCAGAACGACCUUACCAUCCAGAAAUAAUUACAGAAACACAAACAGCAAUUACUGAAGUUUCUUCAGAAGAACAAUCUAAGAAUCCAGAAUCAAUAACUGAAAUUCAACCAGAAAUUACUGAAAUUUCAACAACAGAACAACCGGAACACCCAGAGAUAAUUGAAGAAAUUCAACCAGAAAUUUCAUCAGGAGUACAACCUAAACAACCGGAAAUAGCUACUGAAAUUUAUCCAGAAAUUACAGAAGUUUCAACAAAAGAGCAACCUAAAUACCCAGAAGUGAUAACUGAAACUAAACCAGAAAUUAAUGAAACUUCAACAGAAGAAGAAUCCGUAAAACCAGAAAUAAUUACUGAAAUUCAACCACAUAUUACUGAAGUUUCAAAAGAAGAACAAUCCAAACUUCCAGAAAUGGUUACACAAUCUCAACCAGAAACUACUGAAAUUUCAACCGAAGAACAACCUAAACAUCCACAAAUGAUUACGGAAACUCAACCAGAAAUUAUUGGAGUUUCAACAGAAGAAAAACCCAAACAUCCAGAAAUAAUUACUGAAACCCAACCAAGUAUUACUGAAAUUCCAGCAAAACAACAUCCUGAAUAUCCAGAAAUAAUUGAAAUUUCAUCAGAAGAAGAACCCAAAUCCCCAGAGAUGAUAACCGAAAUUCAACCAGAAAUUACAACAAUAGAACAAUCUAAAUACCCAGAAAUAAUUAGCGAAAGUCAACCAGAAAUCACUAACGUUGCAACAGAAGAACCCAAACACUCAGAAAUCAAUGAAAUUUCAACAGAAAAAGAAUCGACAUACCCAGAAAUAAUUACCAAGGCCCAUCCAGAAUCUAUGGAUUCAACAGAUGAACAACCCGAAAAUCCAGAAGUAAUUACCGAAACUCAACCAGAAAUUACUGAAGUUUCAACAGGAAAACAAUCCAAAUACCCAGAAAUAAUUACUGAAACCCAACCGAAUAUUACUGAAGAUCCAACAAAAAAACAUCCCAAAUAUCCAGAUGUAAUUACCGAAAUUCAGCCAGAAAUUACCGAAGUUUCAGAAGGAGAACCCAAACAUCCAGACAUAAUUACCGAAAGUCAACCUGAAAUUACUGAAGUUGCAACAGAAGAACCCAAACACCCAGAAAUAUCAACAGAUUCUCAACCAGAAAUUAGUGAAAUUUCAACAGAACAAUCGAAAUACCCAGAAGUAACAACCAAACCCCAAACAGAAUCUACUUCAGCUUCAACAGAUGAACCCAAACAUACAGAGGUAAUUACCGAAACUCAACCAGAAAUUACUGAAGUAUCAACAGAAGAGCAACCCAAACACCCAGAAAUAAUUACUGAAACUCAACCAAGCAUCAGUGAAGUUUCAACAAAAGAACAACACAAACAACCAGAAAUAGAUGCCGAAACUCAGUCAGAAAUUUCUGAAGUUUCAACACAAGAACAGCCUGAACAACCAGAAAUAACAACUGAAACUAAACCUAACAUUACUGAAAUUUCAACAGAAGCACAAACCAAACAUCCAGAAGUAAUUACUGAAAAUCAACCCGAAGUGACUGAAUAUGUUGCAGUAGUUUCUGAAACCCUAAUUGGAUCUGAUGUUUCAACGGAAGUUGGGACUAAAUCUGGGGAAGGUGUUACCGAAACAUUACCGGAGAUUCCCAAAAUAAACCUUUCACAAGAUCAGUUUGUCACUGAAAUUCAACCGGGAUCUCAAGAAGUUCUGACGGAAAAAGAACUUGAAUAUCACCCAGAAAUCACUGAAAUCAGUAUAGAAAAACAAUCUAGACCAGAAUUGGGAGACUUAGUGACUGAAUCUCAUCCCUCAGAGGUGCAACCAGAAUCAGAAGUAUCAACCACCGUUAGUAAUCCUGUAGAAGUUCCAACUGGUGCACAUGAAGAAAGUGAAUCUGUAACCGAAACUCGUCCAAUCGAAGUGUUAACUAAAGCGCAUCCAGAAAUCGAGUCUGUGGCUACCGAAACUUAUCCUAAGCCUGAAACUGAAACCUCUGAUAUACAACCAGAAGUUGUUACUGGGGUGCAAUCUGUGCCUGCAGAAAUGACAACCAAAGCAGAACUCGUACCAGAGAUAUUUGAAACACUUGAAACCGAUUCUCCUAAAGAAGUAACAACAGAAUCAUUUGUUCAAGUAGAACCGCUGGAUGACAAGCACAAACAAGAAAAGGAUGGCCAUGUUGUAACCACCACAGAUGAAACUUUCACAUCGCCUCAUCCCAUAACACAGAGUCCAAGAAAUGAUUCUGAAUUAUACACGUCUGGUCCAAAAGAAGAAUACUCGACGAAGAAAUUCAUUGAAGGAGAACUAUCUACUUCCGUUCCACUCACUUCAUCCAAACCAGAAACUCCUUCAUCUACUCCGAAACGAAAACCAAGUCAUGAAAUACCCGGAGAACACGAACAACUACCUGAGUUACCAGAUUAUCAAUCGCCUGUGGAAGACUAUGAUGAAGAUGAUCAGAGUCCUCUCGGUCCUGGAACUUGUCGCUAUGGAGGAAAAGUAUUUGUGUCGGCCCAACAAAUUCCACGUGAUGACCCAUGUGAUUUCUGCUUCUGCUUCAGGAGUGAUAUAAUAUGUCUACAACAAAGUUGUCCACCUCCAAUUCCAAAUUGUCACGAAGAACCUAUAAGGGGAUUCUGUUGUCCAAGGUAUGAAUGUCCAGUGGGAAUGGCAACGUCGCUCAACUUAACAACAACAACGACAACCACUACGACAACGUUACCACCUCAUUUCUUACCCCAUGCCUACAAGGGCCUGGCUGUUAAGAAUGGUUGCCAAAUUCGAGGGCAAGCCUAUAGAGUAGGAGAUUAUAUUAAAUCUGCUUCUGGGCCAUGCAUGCAUUGCACGUGUGGUGCAGAUGGGCAAAUGAAAUGUGAUCCAAAACAAUGUAGUCCCGAACCGAUGCUCAGGCAGAUGAUUGCAGCAGCUGCGUCACGAAGAAGAAGAUGAAUGAUUGUGUGAAAUAGUUACAAUGCCACAGUAUUGUGCAAGUGAUACAGACAAUUUUAUAAAAAUUGAAAAAUAGUCUUGAACUCAAACAAAAAAUGCAUUCUAGGGUGCCAAAAUGAACUAGGUAGUGUGCCUUUUAAAAGAAAUUCGAAUGAUUUCUACUCGUAGAAUUGUAAUUCAGAAAAAAAACGAUUUUUCCGGUGAUCUACGCGAAUGUAUACUCGAAUAUAUAGAUUAUUUAUAACGAACAUGACUGAUGAAAUUUUUACACUUUUGUAAUUAGAAUUAUUUGGAGUGUCGUUUAGUUAAUUUGAAAAAGCCAUUACUUAUAAUACGCGGGCUCUAUAUUUAUAUAGUGUUAAAAUUUGUGUUGUGUAUCCUCACAAUGUCUAAGUUGUUUGACUAACAGAAAAAUAUACCCGGUUCGAAAGUAGUUAAGUGAAUACAAAAAUUUCUUUUCUGCUACUUGAACGCUUAGACUAUCCUUUGUAUAUUAACGGAUGCUCAAUAUUAUUAAAUAGGCUAAGUAUAUGUAGUAUUUAUCAAUAAAAUAUGUAAAUGAUACGGAA